GGACCCUACAUCUCUUUGUUGCAACUUGCAAACUCUUUUUCGACUCUUUAUAGCUCUGAACACCUAAAGACAGUAACUUCAACAAGCUCAAGCUCUCUAAAAAAAUGGGAAGAGCGCCAUGUUGCGAUAAAAAUGGACUAAAGAAAGGACCUUGGACUCCGGAGGAAGAUCAAAAGCUUAUUGAUUAUAUACAGAAACAUGGAUAUGGAAACUGGAGAACACUACCAAAGAAUGCUGGGCUACAAAGGUGUGGAAAGAGUUGCCGUCUUCGUUGGACUAAUUAUCUAAGACCUGACAUCAAGAGAGGACGAUUUUCUUUUGAAGAAGAGGAGACAAUAAUUCAGCUACACAGUAUAUUAGGAAACAAGUGGUCGGCCAUAGCUGCUCGGUUGCCCGGAAGAACUGAUAACGAAAUCAAGAAUUACUGGAAUACACACAUUAGAAAGAGACUUCUUAGAAUGGGAAUUGAUCCAGUUACUCACAGUCCUAGGCUUGAUCUUCUAGACCUGUCAUCUAUCUUGGGGUCAUCUCUUUAUGAUUCUUCUCAAAUGAACAUCUCAAGGUUACUCGGGUUCCAGCCGAUGGCUAACCCAGAACUUCUCCGGUUAGCCACAUCUAUUAUUUCCUCUCAACGCCAAAACCAGACCUUUGUUUCUCAAAAUGGUCAAGAAAAUCAGCUGUGUGAUAAUGUUCAACUCCAAAACCAAUAUCAGCCGCUAAUCCAAUCAAACCAAUUUCAAACCCAAACUCAAGAAAUGCCUAACUGCACCACAUUAACUACUUCUAAUGCUACUAUUACUCCAUUUGUUCCAUAUAUGGAUCCAAACUUAGAACAAUACCCAUCAAAUAUCACCGACCUAAGCGAUAACGGAAUGGCUUCAAAUUUAACGGAAGAUCAUUACUACAUGGCUCUACCAAAUUAUAACUAUUAUGAUCAAACAGCUAUUAUGGACCCAUCAUCUGACACAACUUCAACUUUCAUUUCCAAUAACAGCAACCAAAAUUUUAGUUUCGCAGCAACGUCAGUAUUAUCGACACCUUCUUCAAGUCCAACGCCAUUGAACUCAAAUUCAACGUGUAUCAAUGGCAGUAGCAGCAAUGAAGAUGAGAGGGAAAGCUAUUGCAGUAACAUUUUGAAAUUUGAAAUCUCUGAUAUUUUGGAUGUUAGCAAUUUGAUGUAAUCUGAAGAAAGAAAUGUAACUGAUCAAAUUAAACAAGUCUUCUUUCUUUCCUUUUUUUUUUUUUCAUCUUUUCCUUUGUCUGUCCAAAUUUUCUGGCUAUGGAUUUGUUAGCGUCGAUACGUGUAAAAUCUAUGACUAAUUAAUUUUUUUUUUUAAA